AUGCCUAAAGGAAAGAAACUGAAGUCUAAAUCAAACGUUAAGCCUGAAGAAAAGUUGGCUGAAGGUAACGUUGAAGCAAUGCCAGAGGAAGCAAAAUCGGAGAGCAUUCAAUCUGAGGAACUGGGUCCAGAAGGUGUAGAUUCGUCAAAUGAACUUCCUAAAGAAGAGGAACAGGAUUCAAAAGAACAACUAGAUAAGGGUUCUGAAGAUAUUGAACAGAAAGGUAAAGGUGUAAUAGAAGAUAAGUUAGAAUCGACACCGGAGGCACCAAAAGCUGCGGCAUCUCCGGCAGAUGAAUCGAAUGCAGAGGAUACUGAAGAAGAUGAUAUCAAAGUUAAAGAAAUAGAGCCAGAUACAAAAAGGCCAAAUGCUCCUGAAAAUCGUGAUCUUAACGACGAUGAUGAAAGUGGAACGUCCGGUACUGCUCCAGUGAAGAAGGAAGCCAAUAGGAAGAAAUCUGUGGGGUUUGCACCAGCUCCGGAGGAGGACUUGAAAGAGCAUCAUGAUGUAUUGAAGAAGAAAGAGGAACAAAAACGUAAGGGCAAUUCAUUCCAUAACAUUCCGCCAGAAUUGUCAUAUUUGCAAAAGAAGCCAGAUGCCCCUAAGCCGUUGCAUUCGUCCACAUCAAAUACUCCACCAUCAUCCAGAAGAAGAAUGCUGAAAGAAUUAGGUGAUUUAAGAAAUAUGCCAAUUAAAGAAAUCUCAUUACAAAACAAAGAAACAGAAUUAAACUUUAAUUAUCCUACAGUCCAUUUACCAAUCCGAGCCCAUCAUAUGUUAGUUGAUACCAAGUUUGGUUCGUUAAACUCAUUCGAUUUAGCCAAGGUUAAUAACUAUAUUUUGAACUUAAGUGACACUAAAGUUGGUCUUGGAUAUGAAUUUUCUGGAAAGGUAAUCGAAGUUGGGGCAAAAUAUCAAUCAGAAUUUGCAGUUGGUGACAACGUUUUUGGCUGUACAAAUUCUUUAAGUAGAAAAGGAGCGUUAUCAACAAGCUUGCUAAUCAAUCCAACAAAAGAUGUAUUGAUUUCUGUCGAUGAUAAAUUAUUAGAGAAGUUAGGAGACGUUGAUAUCGAACUUUCAUUCAAGAAUGCACCUGAAGAUGGAAACUUCGAAAUUAGCUCAACUUCUUCAUCAUCACUUGAUUCAGAGCCAAUUGCCAAGCAGCCUACAAAUUUACAUAAUAAACUUGCGGGAUUCACACUUCAGGAAGAAUUGUCACCACUCGCUAAACUAUCAACUUUCCCGGUAUUAUACUGUAGAGCUAAGCAAGCACUUGAUCAUUCAAACGCUAUAUUUGAAUCUACAGGUAAAGCGAAUAUCUUAAUAAAUGGUGCGGAUACAAAUUUGGGUUUCACCAUCCUUCAGCUAUUGAACUCUUCAGCGUACUCGGCGGUUUUGAAUGAAAUGAAUCUUAUCUUGACUAUCAGAGAAAAGAGUUUCGACAAGAUGACUAAUUUAGUAAACCAUUUUACAAAAGGCAAAUAUUUUGAUCCCUCAAGAAGGAAGAGAAUCCACUUGGUUACGUUUGAUAUGGAAAACGAAGACUUAGUAUUACCGGGUGAAAAGGUACCAAUGAAUUAUAAGAAACCAGAAUUAUUUGCGUCGGACGUAUUAAAUGCAUUGUUUGGCGACGCCGAAGAACAAAUAAAUAAAGACAAUGCUAUAAAUCAUAAGUUGGAUUUGAUUAUUGACUUAGUUGGUUGUAAGAAAUUCUUGCAGACACUGUCUAUAAGAUACAAGAAGCUUGAAACGUUAUCCUUGCCAUAUUUGUCGAAAUUUUCUUCAGAUUCAUCGUUGUCCCAGGUAUUAAAGGCUAAUACAAAAGAACCGUUCUUAAUGAAGUUAUUAAAACCUAAAUCAUACGGUUCUUGUUUUGUUUCUUGUUGUAAGUUCAAUCUUUCGUUUCCAAGCUACAACAUAGAUGAAUUGUUUGACUAUUCCACUAAUAACGUAUCGCUAAACCCAUGGUCGAUGAAAUGGUCCAGUAGUCUUGCCAAUUCCCUAACCAACUACUAUUACUUCGAAGAGUUAUCUUUACGUAUAAAGAAGGCAUGGAUAUUAGAAGGCUUAAAUUUGCUCGUUGAAGAUGAGCUUAAAUUCAAAAUUGAUGAUUUCAUCGAUUGGAGAAACAACUUCAAAAAAUAUAUAAAAUCAUUAAAAAAAGAUGAUGGAAAAGUGGUCUUCAUGAUCGAAGACUUCUAA